GUGAAAGAGCGUUGGUAUUUGCUGCGUUGUUUUUCGUACUACGGAAGUGGAGUUUAACUAAGUGCAUCAACAGAAUACGUGUGUAUAUGUGAAUGUGUGGUGGUGAUGCAUCCACAAUUUGUUAUGUUUACGGUGUUGUGUGCGAAACAUUGAUAAUUGUAAGCAAGAUCUGGAACUCUUGAAAUGCCACGUCGAUGUAGUGCGUUCGGCUGUCGGUCGAAUUAUGAUUCCGAAACAGAGAGAACGACUACAUUUUCUUUGCCAUCUGACGAGAGUCGACGUGCACUGUGGCUUCGAAAUAUCCCAACAGACUUAACCAAACUAAAACGGCCAAAUAUUUGUGUAAAACACUUCGAUGGAUCAUGUGUAAUUCGAGUGGACAUAAUUAUGGACAGAGGACAACUGAAAGAAUUUCCCAGAAUAAUCCCAAAACUCACCGAAAAUGCUGUGCCAACUAUUUUUCCCAACACUCCCUCAUACUGUUCUAAAUCAACUACAAAAGUGAGACGUCUUGCUGAUGUGGAAGACGAUCAUCUUAAAAAAGCUAUUCAAGACAGUAUUGAGUCAAACAACUUACACCUCCAACAAAAUUCACUUUCGUGUCUCAAUGAUAUUUCUGUAUUUCUAGAAGGCCAGAAAAUUUGCAGCAACAAGUGGCCUGUGAUUAAAGAUGAUGAAAAAUUGCAUAUCUGUCUUUUGGGAUUAGACAGGGGAAUACCUUGUGUUACUGCAUUCAUCACUGUUAAUAGUGAUUUGAGCUUUAGAGUAAAUGUUAGUGAAGGAAUUCAUUUUGCGAUUAAUGCAUCCUUCAAUGAUGUGAAGAAAUUAACUUCCAUAAAUGUAUUAGAAAAUGUAAUGUCAAUGGUUGAGAAAGGGGAAAUUUUGCCUAGUGUUACAGAUAAAAUAAACUGUGCUGUCAAUUGCUUGCAGACUAUCCCAAAUUAUGAUGAAAAUGCACAACUGAAAUUUAUUGUAGAACAACUCCAUGUAUCACAAAUCUCAAAAAACAACAGACACUAUGGCAACAACACCAUGAUAGUGGCAUGCUGCUUGUAUGUACAUUCUGUCAGUGCAUACAAUGCCUUGAGGAAAUGUGAUUUAAUGUUUUUACCCCACCCACGAACCCUGCAGAAACUAAUUUGUAAUUACCAGCUAGCCACUUCAUCAGUUCAAACGAGUCCUUAUUUAGAAAACAGGGUGAAAUAUUUAGAAAAACAUGAGUUGUUAGUGUCUCUGUUGUUAGAUGAGAUUUAUGUGCAACCACAACUUUCAUUUAAAUCUGGCUCAAUACAUGGGAGUAGCUUUUUUCAUCCUGAGACGUGUGCCAAAACAGCACAGGUUUUUAUGGUCUCUUCCCUUUUGUCUAAAUAUGUUGAUGUUGUAGCAAUUAUACCAGUAGCUAAUAUGACAAGUGAAGAGCUGAAAUCUUUGAUCAGUAAUGUUCUGUGCAUGGUGGAAAGAGUGGGCUUCAAAGUUGUCAGUCUGAUAGCAGAUAACAACAGUGUAAACAGGAAGGCAUAUGAACUGUUCACCCCCAGUAGAAUUCUCCAACCCAGUAUUGAACACCCUCUAGAUCCUUCCAGGAAACUUUUUUUUAUGUUUGACACUGUACACAUUCUGAAAUGUAUCAGGAACAAUUGGCAGACAAAGAGAAGUGUUAAUAAAGUGUUGCAGUUUCCUGACAUGACUGAUCAUUCAGUAAUAUUGACAGCACAGUACAAGCAUUUGGAGUUGGUAUAUGAGAAAGAAAUUGCUCAAAAUGAUAAUGUGCACUUGAAACAAAUAAUUCCUGCCCAACAACAGCUAGACUGUAAUAUUGACAUUAGCUUUUUUUCUGAUAUUAUGGACAUCACCUUCGGUAUGGAUGAUGUUCCACCUAACAUGUUACCUAUUUUGACAUACAUAGGAGGUUAUGCAGCUAGGAAAGCCCUUCAAAAAUCUAAGUGUGACAAAUGUACUGAAUGGUUGCAGCUGAACAAAGAAGUUGAGGUAGAUUCUUCUUACAAUUUUGUGAAGGAACUGGACAGGGGUAAACUGACUUUGCCUACAGAGACAGUAGUGAUCACAGUUGGAAUAGUGUGA